AUGGAACACCCAGCAUACACUCUAGCCGCAUUGACCGCCAUGGGCGGAGCAAUGGGAUUUGCCCGUAAGGGCUCCGAGCCAUCGCUCUUGGCAGGGUUGGCCUUUGGUGGGAUUUACGGCUACGCUGGCUACCUGCUCAGCAGAAACGCCGACGGUGGUUUGGAACUGGCACUGGGUGCCAGUUCCCUGAUGCUGGUGACGGGGAUUGCAAGGGGCAUUCCCUCGCGGUUUUCGAAGCCUGUUCCACUGGUUUUGACGAUCUUGGGUGGUUUAGGCGCUACCUACUACGGGAAAAAAUACAAGGAGUUUUACUAA